CGAUUCGCCUUUUGUUUGACAAUAGUGCAGUCAAUAUUAUGUCAUUCAUGACUUUUUCGAAUCGAAUAGAAAUGUAAUUCCUAGAAAUAUUUAAAGUUAGAGACGCAUUUCAUACUUAAUUCCCCCUGAAAAAUCCCUAAUACGUUAUUGCUAAAGAUAAUAAUCCUCUCGCUGUGUGCGUCGCUAGCAUUUAUUUACACUUUACAAGUUGUGAAUUACAACUUUGCUCCGUGCCAAAAAGUUUGCAACGAAUUAAUUGUGGUAAAAUUUACCAGUGGUAAAUACAUAAAUGGCUCAACGUGGUGACCCUGGUAGCUCAACGUCCGAGGAUAUUCGUGGGGGUGGUGGUGAUGAUAAGCCCCAUGCUAAUUUACAACACAGAGAUUCUCAAAUGAGUGAAAGUUACUUUGAGCCAAGGGAUGCACACGAUGCUUCGUUAAAUAACUUGGCAAAAAAUAUGUUUGAAAAGACAGCAGAAUAUUUGCAAGGGGAACUUUUACUGGUUCAGGAAGAUUACAAACUCCUUGAAAACCUCAACAAAGCGACCGCAGCAAAGUAUUCAGACAUGAGACAAAUUUCCGCAAAUGUUGGAAAGAGUCUUCAUGAACUCAAUGAUAAGUACCGAAGUCUCGAACCCCUGCUCCUUCAAAUCGACCAAAUUGAAGACAGUGUAAAUAAACUUGAACAAGCAGCUUAUAAAUUGGACAGCUAUUCGAAACGACUCGAAGGAAAAUUCAAAACGUUGGAAAAAAGACAAUAGAAUAGAAUUUACCAAUUUUAUAAAGACAUAACAUUUAUCAUCAUCACUAUCUGCACUGAAUAAUGUCAUAUCUUCAUCUUCGCUAUUAUUUUGCGUUUUUCGAGUCUACUAAUUUAUUUACAGAAUCGUUUCCUAUUUUACAUUUUCAAAAAAUAUUCGUAUUUGCAACAUCUCAUGUUAUGUACGACUUUUACACGAUAAAUAUUGUGAGGGCUGAGCCCGAGUUGACUAAUAAAAAUAAAAAUAUUAAACUUCAAAAAAAA